AUGAGCGACGAAAGACAACGUGAAACUCCUUUAAGGUCGGUUUCUUUAGAGAAUUUGAGACCAAAAUCAGGUACCCGAAAGAAACUUAAGUUCAUCGAUGAUACGGUUACGAAGCACCACAAAUCACGUUCAUUUGGCAGGAACGAUAAUGAGGACGAAAUUUUGAAAGACUUGAAUGAAAUGCUUCGAACGAAACUACGUAUUGACACAACGAUUGAAGGCCAAUUGAGGAAAUUACCUAGUACACCAUCAGCGGAUCAGGAGAGCUUUAUAAAAAGAUCAGGAAUUGAUGGCAAUGUCAUAACAGUCGCAUACGACGAUCCUUCCAGGGAAGAUCAGUCAGAUGAGGACGAGAACAUUAGUGAUUCAUCAGAUCAGGAGGAAACAAAUGGACUGGAUGAAAAUGCAAAUGAGGAUGACGACGACUUCACCAAUGUCGACGAAAUAGAUGGACCCAUUUCCGCAAAACAGAAGGAAGUAGCAAACGGAAAACUGCACUCGAUGCCUGAAGUUGAUUACAACUUACCAGUAGACUCGGAUCUUCAGGAGGAUUUAGAUAGGAGAGCAGCAGAGAUUGAAAAGUCAUCAAAGUUCGAGCCUGUAUCACUCCCAAGAGUAGAGUGGAACCUGCAGAGCUUUUACAGCUUAAUGAACGACAUACCACUCUGGUUUUGUUCUUCGAAUUUUUCCUACUUCCCAUUUGCCAAGGACUAUUUCGAUCGAUCGGUUCAGUAUCCAAUUCAAUUUCUUAACGAUUCUAGUUACGCAGAAAAAAUUAUAGCAGAGCUGAUAGAAAAUGUAGUGCAAGGAGAUCUUUCGUGCCUGUCAGCAUUAUGUUAUAUAUCGAUGGGUACAUUCGGUAUGGUGGACACUAACGAAAUUCAACUUGAGAAUAUUAGAAGAAAUAAUCUACUAUUGUGCAGAAAGUUGAAGGAGCUCAUAGCCGCUUUCCAAAAAAUUGCUAUCCAUUGCCGAGAUGAUAAUAGUAACUUGAAAUAUCAAACAACGAUGCUCUUUUAUUCAAGUACAAUCAUUUUUUUUCUUGUCAACGUUUGCAUCGAACAAAGGGUCGAAAGAAAGGAACAAGUUCUCAAAGUGAUUGAUAUUAUCGAUGAAUCGCAUCUUUUGCAAUUUUUAACUCGUUAUAUCGAACAUUGGAGAUGGAAUAGUCGUCUUUCCAUGAGAAUACGAAAUAUCAUUACAUUGUUAUUCAAAUUGCUUAUCCUUCAAUUUGGAGAUAAAAAUGAGUAUAAAACCACAAAAAGUUAUUUGUUUAAAUUCCAUGAGCUAAAGCAUCAGCACGAUAAGAAUUCUAAAAGAUGCACCAUCUCUCCUUUGCAUUAUGAAGCAUUUAGAGAAGAUAUCACUGCACGUUUCCCUGAUUAUGAUUCACCGGCUGUGAUCUUGCCGACAGAUGGUGACAAUUCAAACUCUUUAUCACAGUUUUUAGAGAUCACAAGAUCAAAAGUUAAGAACCCUAUCAACUUAACCCUAGCGGUUCCAGAGCAGCAUAUAGCAACCCCGGCACCUUCGCCUCCUCAAUCACCAAGCAUAAAUCACAUGAGCGAUUACUCAAGAUCCCGAAAGUCCUUUCAGACCAAUAUGGCAUAUCCAUGCCUUUACCCCUCGGAUGAUGAAGAUAGCGAUACUUUUCUAGCAGAGAAGGCAUCUUGCUUUGACAAUGAUGCUAAAAGAAAGGCUAGUAAAAAUACAUGUACAGAUGUACCCUUCAGCAUACAGGAAGCAACCAAAAUUUUGUCGGAAAAUUUAGAACUUAAACUAAGCGUCAAGCAAUUAUGGCAUGAACGUAAAUUAUUCAUGAUGACAGAAAGAGGAUGGCAGCACGACCAUUCACAAGAUCCUUUCAAUUAUUUGAGAAUGGAAAACACGGAUGAAAUAGAGGCUAUUGACAUAAUGAAAAGAGUGGAUUCAUUUUACAAAGAUUGUCUAUCCGGUUUAAAUUCUCUUGUUUUCGUUCUACUGCAAACUAUUGAGUCCAACCUAAGCAACGUUGACUAUAAAAAGACAGAUUUCGACGAAAAUAAUCCGAUAGAUGCGAUAAUGCCUCGUCUAGAAAUAACGAGAACCAAAGAAAUAUCAAUGGAGUCCUCUACCGGCAUAUUAUUUCUUUUACUGAAAUGGUUUAAGUUGAACCAUGUUUUGAAGUUUGAACAUUUUGCCGUACUUCUCAAUGAUUCAAAAUACGUCCACAUUUGCUCUACACUACUGAGCAAAUACUCAGACCAUUACACAGAUAAAGUUUUUAAUGAAACAGCGGCGUCCAAUUGCUCCUUUUGGAGACACUGCUCGCUAUACAAAGAGGCUUACACCAUAUCUUUUUCGCAAGUUGACGAGUCGAAGCUUUCUAAUGAAUAUAAUGUCACAUUUCUAUCGUCAAUUGCUUAUCUCCUCAAAGUUUUGAGAAAAAUCAUUGGAAAUAAAACUGAACGCUUGAAAGAGCUACCAUUGACUAUCGGAGUCCUAUUCAAAAAGUAUUACAGAGUGUUCAACCUAGAUGUGUAUCGGCCAAUACUAAGAAUUAUUAAAGAGUUGACUCCCUUUAAGAAUAAAAGAUGGAAAUCGGAACAUAUGGAGCUGAUAUCUGGUGUUUUCCUGUACGAAAGGCUCGAAUUAAUUGAUAAUUGGGUUACGGGUAAAGAUAUUUCUGGAGAAUUAAGUGACGCAUGCGGUCAAGAAAUAGCUCUGAGAGCCUUAUUGCAGUUUUAUAAUUUCUCUCAUUAUGAGUCGUCCAUGGAGGAUCUCGGUUAUUGUGAGAAAUCCAAGCCUAAUCUUUCCCUUUUAAAUAAAGAAGCAGAGUAUUUAGGAAUAUAA